UCUUCCAUUAUUGUCAUUCAUCGGAGGAAGUGGGCGGCGAGGGGCGGCGCGGGUGCCGCCGGCGCCCCCCGCGCGACUCUCAGUCGCUCGCCGACACUCUCGUCGUUAACACGCGAGAGACGCGAUGCACGUCGCCUACGCUUGACUCAUUCAGUCGUUCGCGUUCCGUGUGUGAGUGCCCUCCGUGAUCCGAAGCCGGAGCUUCCGAGCCGCGUGUGCAGCCUCCAGCUAGUGCUUGCGGUCGGGCCGAGUGCCCGCCAGGAGCCAGCGAUUGUGGUGCCAGUGUCUCGCGCGCCGGAGCCGACGGCUCAGCUGACCGCCGCGGUACAUCGCGAGCGCACGAGCACCGGCGGUUGUCGUUCAGCUCACGGCGCAGGCGGCGCAGUGACGGUCGCGAGCGCAGGCGCGGCGGGCUCGUGCGCGGCGCGCAUGGCGAGCGCGGGCGCGCAGUACCGCGGGGCGCAGCAGUGGGCCGCCGCGUACCCGCAGCCCUGCCGGUACCCGCCGCCACAGCCGCAGCCCUACGCACAGCAGCAGCCUUAUACGCCGCACCAGUACACGGGUGCGUCGAUAGGCGGCGGGUGCGCGACGGGCGCGCGGGUUCCGACGGCGUCGUCGCCGGCCAACACGGCGUCCUCGUCCUCCUCGAACACGGGGUCGGCGGGCGGCACGCGCUCCACCAGCCUGAGCACGGCGCCGCCGCCGCCGGCGUCGUCGGCCUCCACCACCGGCGCCGCUGGCGAGCAGCUCAGCCGCACCAACCUCUAUAUACGCGGCCUCAGCCAGAACACCACCGAUAAGGACCUAGUCCAAAUGUGCCAGAUGUAUGGUAACAUAAUCUCGACUAAAGCAAUAUUGGAUAAAAAUACGAAUAAAUGUAAAGGUUACGGUUUUGUAGAUUUUGAGACAAUCGCGUCAGCGGAGGCAGCUGUAAAAGGAUUACAAGCCAAAGGUGUUCAGGCCCAGAUGGCUAAAGUGGGUAUCUGGUUCCUGCGUAGACUGAACCGUCAACAAGAGCAAGACCCCACGAACCUGUAUAUGGCGAACUUGCCACCGCACUUCAAGGAGAACGACGUGGACCAGCUGCUGGCCAAGUUCGGGCAGGUGGUGUCUACGAGGAUCCUGCGCGACACGCAUGGGCACAGCAAAGGUGUCGGCUUCGCGCGCAUGGAGUCUAGAGAGAAGUGCGAGCAGAUCAUACAGAUGUUCAACGGCAACCCGAUCCCCGGAGCCAAGGAGCCGCUCCUGGUGAAGUUCGCAGACGGCGGCAACAAGAAGAAGGCGCUCUACAACAAGCAGGACGGCAACAACGGCCGCGCGUGGCGGGACAACAACGACUCCCUCACUCAGUACUUACAGGCGAUGGGGGUCGGCGGCGUGUACGCGGGCAACGUGAGCGCGGGCGCGGGCGGGGAGUGCGGGGUGUACCGCGGCGGCAGCGUGUACGGGGUGGCGGCGUUCCACCCGCACCAGCUGCACCACCACCACCACGCCACGCCCGCCACCUGGCUGGCGCCGUACGCCGCGCUGCUGCCGCCCCAGCACCCGCCGCACCACGCCGCGCACCCCGCGCAUCCCACGCACAUACCCAUCGACUCUGUGCCUAGCCAAUACGUAAACUGGGACAGCUUAAGGCCGGAUAAUGAAUUAUACUACUUCGCGUCGCACCCGUACCAGUACUUCGCGGGCCCCACGCCGCCCAUUAUCCAGAUGCCGAUGGAAAGCGAGCACGCGUCGACAGCGGCGUCUCCGGACGAGGCCUACCAGCCGUACCCGCCCAAGUAGACCCCACAUGCUGACAAUCCGUGCUGUACACGAGCCAAAAAUCAAAGCAACUGUGACUUUUUACAAUGUUAAUUUGUUUUAGUUUUAAUUUGCGGCCGUUAUAGACUUCAUCGAAAGCUCCGCUCGCGCGACUCGCGUCGCCGGCGCUUUGUCUAGUUGUUAAGCCCGACUUGUACUCGGGAGUCGGUCUCUCGUAUUUAUUUGGUGGCGGCGCCCGGCCCGGCAUCCUCUCGGCUUCGUGCUAUCGUUCGAUUCGCUGUGAUGUUUUGAUGAGGUCUUUUGACGGCUCGACGAGAGGAUUUGAUGUAUAGAUAUAGCUGCAAUUUUUAAAUGUGUUUUUACAUUAUAAUUUUAUUAUUGUUUUAUGAAAUUUCAAAUUUAAGAUUUUAGGCGGAGGUUUUGAACAUGUUGACAAGAUUAUUUAAGAUAGUUAGGUAUUUAUUUUAGCAUAGUAUAUAUAAUUUCAUGAACUUUUAAAUUUAGACAUGUCCUCUGGGCGGGCAUUAUUCACAAUCAUAAUUUUUAACGCAGUGUCAUAUUUGAAUUUGUAAGAUAGCCGGACUGUUUGUAAAUCGGAUGUAAAUCAGAAUCACAAGAAACCGUGCAAUCCGUAUAUGACGAGUCUUGUAACUGCGAGGAGGUAUUAUUUGUUUGCGAUUAGCGGAUAGUUUAUGUAACCGUUAACAUCGGAGCAGU